AUUUUUUCUUAUUUCUUGACUUUUCUCCUCCAUUGCUCGUCCGGACAGAUGCUCGCUCGCCUCAUAAAGCCUAGUCGGUUUCCAUUCUCAUCUUUCUCUUCCUCCUCGUCUUCAUUACCCUCUCAUUUCCCCAAUCCCAUUCGCUUUCGUCACACAGUGACUCCCCUCACAGCGGUAAAACCUAAUAUGUCUGCACCGGCUGCUAUUCCUCCUGCAGAACGUGUCGCGCACUUCGAACAGGAUGUGUGGUCUAUUUUCACUCCAUUGGCGCUUGAGUGCCAGGCUGUGAAUCUUGGUCAAGGCUUUAUGAACUUUCCGCCUCCGGAUUUUGUGAUUGAGGCUGCACGCGAGGCUCUUCUACAUAACGAAUGCAAUCAGUAUAGCCAUCCUAAAGGCCGUCCAAGGUUGAGAAAUGCAUUAGCAAAGUCAUACAGUCCUCUCUUCAAUAGGCAAUUGGAUCCAGAAACUGAGAUUGUUGUUACUGCUGGCGCGAAUGAAGGUAUUCUCUCUAUUUUUGCAGGAUAUCUCGAUCAAGGUUCAGAAGUCAUCUUGAUGGAGCCCUUCUUUGACCAGUACAUUUCCAAUAUCACAAUGAACGGGGGUGUCCCUGUCUAUUGCCCUAUUAGGCCCGUAGGAGAUGUUUCAAAAGAUAUGAGUGCGAGUGAAUGGAAAAUCGAUAUCAAAGAGCUCGAAUCUAAGAUCACGCCCCGCUCCAAGAUAAUUGUCCUCAAUACACCUCACAACCCUAUUGGAAAAGUCUUCUCACGUGAAGAAUUGGAGGAGAUUGGAGCACUUGCUAUUAAGCACAAUCUGCUGAUCAUUAGUGACGAAGUUUACGAUCGGCUUUAUUUUAACCCAACGACUCAUGAACGUAUUGCUAACUUGGAUGGUCUGUGGGAGCGAACCAUCACUGUUGGAAGUGGUGGAAAAACUUUUGGAACGACUGGCUGGCGUGUCGGUUGGUUGAUCGGACCAAAGAACCUCGUUGAGCCUGCCUUGGCCGCACACACUCGCAUCGUCUUUUGCGUAAACUCCCCUUUACAAGAGGCCACUGCAAUUGGCUUUGAGCAAGCAGAUGAGCGCAAAUUCUUUGGCAGCCAGAUUCAUGCAUAUGAACACAAGCGUGAGAAAUUAUUGUCAGUCUUCCGUGAGCUUGGACUGCCUUGCACCGUCCCGGAGGGAUCAUAUUUUAUCUUGGUCAACACGAACAGGAUCCAAGUCCCCGAAGAUUACUUGUUUCCUGAUCUAUUGAAAUCCCGUCCCAAGGAUUUCAGAACCUGUUACUGGCUGACCAAAGAGAUUGGUGUGUGCGCGAUCCCCCCGAGCGAGUUUUACUCUAAGCCUAAUCGAACUUUAGCUGAGGACUUCGCGCGUUUUGCUUUCUGCAAGACGGAUGAAACUUUAGACGCAGCAGUGGAGAGGUUGCUUAAAUUAAAGCCAUUUAUCAAAUAGGUUCAAUAAAAAAGAUCUAGUAACGGUCACAUGUGUGGCUUCUAUAUCACGUUC